CGGAGUGUUCUUGCAAGGGUAAAGUCGUAAUUUCAUCACAAAAGGAAGCCCUGGUUAACGUUGAUCUUCCCUUCUCCUCCUCCUUUUCCCUCUCACCCUACUGUAGACGGGAUUAGCAGACAACGUAGAAAUCUCCCGCCGUCCAUACGCCCGGAUAUCGUCCAUACCGUUGGAAAAGUUCCGUUUUUCGGUACUGUAGUUCCCCAGGUAUAGACAUUACACGCUUACAAACCGCAUACAAUGGAGAAAUCGGUGUUUUACAAGACAGAUUGUGAAUCCAUCCUCUCGCAGAUUAAGCAUAAAGAGAAGCAGCUUAAACUCAAACGAAGAUGGUUGCUGGGGCUUCCUACUUCUGAAUCCGGGCAUAAGCUAGUAAAAAGACCUAAUUUUUUAAAUUAUGCGUGUUUGCCUGAAUCUUUGCUUCGGGAAGAUGAUAUAUUCUAUGAGACUGUAAAAGCACAUGUUGAAGAGGCCUUUGGAGUUUAUGAUCCUGAAAGAGAAGUUCAAGUAGCUCAAGGCAGUGAAGAAAUGUUUGGCAGGGCAAGUACGAUGAAAGUUCUGGAAUCAUGCCUUGAUAUGCUAACUAAUAAGGGGCUUUACCUCAUUGCAAUCAUACUUACAGCAGGCUCAGUCAAUUUUGACAAAUCUCGUCAGAAAAUGAAAAGGUUAAUUAAAGUUUCCCUCUCUCAAGAGUUUAGAAAUAGAGGGCAUAACCGUGAACAAAAAGAUAUCUUCAGACAGCUACAUCAAGUUCUUAGUGACUCUCGGAAUUUCCGAGAAGGUGCUGCUACCCAUUUGACUCCCAGGAUUCAAUCUCAUCAUGCUGCUGCCAUUAAGGCAUUGAAUGAGCUGGAGGACUUGCCUUCUCAGACGUUAAUUGCUAUGAGAAGGAAGCUAAGUUGUGUCAAAAGUGUGCCUCAAUUACAGUCCCGUAAGUGCUCCUGGAAUCGAGCUUAUUUGAUCAAUCAAGUGAAGAAACAUAGUGAAAUGAUGCUUUCCGAACUUGCUGAGGGCGAGGAGCUACCAGAGCCAUUAGCCAAAGCAAUGGCUAUUGCAAGCAUAUCAUUGAAAUUAAGUCAACAAUGUCAAAGUCGGAAUGCAGUGGAUUUUUACCAGUUUUCACCAGAAAUAGAAAGGCUCCAGAAUGAGAUAGUCAAGGCUAUCUGGUUGCUUAAAACAAAGGUCAGAUUCUCGGAGUUGAAGACCUUACAGCUUUUGUUGGACCCAGAUGCUGAUAUAUCAAAUGGUUGUUUGAGAACAGCAGUUAAGAAAAUGUUGAUCGAAUAUCUUUUUGAAUGCAGUGAUAUGGAUAGCAUCCCGAAAUCUUUAUUUGAUGUUCUUGCUAUUGUCAACAGAAGUUCCCGAAGCGUAUCAUAUAGAUGUUUCCCCAAAGAGGAAAUUGAAGAAGAGAUAGAAUGCAUAUUGAGAGUGAGUGCUGAUACAAAGCAAAUUAUUUGGGAUUGGCUUCCGGACCAUGAUUAUGAUCAGGAUUUCAGUGACGCAUAUAUGGAGGAAUUAGAAGAAAGCGAUGAUGGUGGCAGCAUUGAUGAUGGUGAUUAUAGUUGUGAUGAUAAUGAAGAUGAUAACAUCAGUCAACAAUCAGGAAUUGGAGAGUAUCAACAGAAAGUUUCUUGUUCUUAUGAUUCUGAUUAUGAGGCAGAAAGUACUGCAGAGUCACUACCAGUUGACUCCAAGAUACCUCUCUCCACAAUAGGGGAGAAAAGCUCUUCCUCUUAUGUAACGCCCUGUGCCAGGUUAGCUGGGGUUUCUACUAAAGGAGGGUUGCUCCAGCAGUUCAACAGAGUCGAGUCCGGUCCUCAUCGUGUCAGUUGGUCAUCUGCAUUUAAGAAAUCGAGAAUUCUUAAUAGCACAGAUUAUAUGGAUACAGAAGAAUAUGAAGUCAAAUCCGUGAAAGAUGAUGGUGAAGAAAAGAAUGGAGGAAAUCGAAAGAGCUCACUGACUUCCCCUGCUUCAAACUUCACAUCUAUGAAAGAAGAAUCCGAUCCGUGUAAGCAAACUAGUAGAAACCAAUAUCUCUUUUUCCAAGAAGUUUGUGACGAGACAAGCAUGGUCGCAUAUAACCUUAUCGGUCGCUUAAUGAAAACAUUUGUGGAGGAACAAGGCCUAGAUUUAGACCAGAAAGAUAGCUUGUAUCUCGGAGGUGAAUUUGUAAACCAAGAAGAUACUCCAGGUACAGUUGAAGAAGAAAACUCAACUUUCUCUAAAGAGAAUGUGAGCAAGUCAUUUAUCAGAGUCAUUGAAGAGCUAAUGCCUUCCCUAUCCAAAAGGGGAAUUGAGAGAUUGAAAGAGUUGAUGGGCGAAUCAUAGCCCUCUUUGAGGCAUUGAUGAUUGACAAGAAGGAUAACAAGAAAUGCUUCCUCACCUCUUAAGUGUGCUGGCAUUCAUGGUAUUAUCUUUCUUCCCGACACCAAUGUGUUCAAAGAUGAUUCCUCACCGAUGUGCAAUAGAAAGUACAUGCAUAGGAGAUGAUGUUGUAUUUAGUUAUCAAGUUUCUCAUUGGUAAGAUUACUAGUGAUUUUGCCACAUUCAGAGACUUGUAUCGACCAAGGUUACCAAUGCAACAGGUGGUUCUAUUGCAAACAGCCUUUUGAUUUAUGAACCAAAUUUGCGUGAAUCAAAUGUCUGUUGCUUCUCCUACAGAUGGAGCUUGAGACAGCAGAUGGACCUAAGUACAGCGGCAUCAGUGGAGAUCUAGUGCUACUAUUUUUGCCAAAAAUUUUCUCUUUUUUCUUUAACAAAAUAGUAAGUAUUUGCGCCAUAAACUCCAGAGAAUGAAGCGUUUCAAUCAAGAAGACAUGUUGAAGUUGUUGAACAUUUUACUUCUUCAAACGUGCUACUGCAUACAGAUUGUUUGGUCAACCUGGGGGCUAUAUGCAGAUUGCAGUCUGAUUACAGCUGUUGAUAGAAAUUAUCUGAAGGUUUCUGUCCUAAUUGGUGUUCUCUGUUAAGUUCCUUUGAUGGAUGAUUUUACCACCCGAGAGUUAAUUCAACCCAUGUGGUUCAGUAUAUAAUUUGAAAUGUACAAAUUGUGAUUUUCACUUUGGAAUGUCAAAAAUGCUUCUUGCUAUUGUCGACAA